AUGGAUGUUCAAGUUCAUGCCCCUGAAAGCUCUCCAGUAGCACGUCUGCUGGCGGCCCAAGUAAAUUCUGCGUUAGUUGAGAAACUUGAAGAACUUGAACUUGGACAAUUCAAUUAUAUUACGGAUAUUGAUGCCAGGCGCGACGUCUUCAUUUGGCUCAAAAAGUUCCAAGAUGACCAUAACAUCCAGCUUGGAUUAAAUGCAGUUGGAUUCGCGAUCAUCAUGGUUGCCCCCCUUGAUCGGCUGCGGCACUUAAUCAGCAUGUUAGAUGCUGACGAACCUCCCAUGUGCCUCUUCAAAGCUGCAGGAAUCUUUGGGGUAAUGCAUAUCGAGUCUGUGCUGGGAAUUAAGGCCUUCAUCAGAGGCGGGCGCCAGUGCCAUGAAAAAGAGCGAUGGGGUCGAUGCGAAUUUGCUCUCCAUCCGUAUACUCACUCGCUCUGCGGGCCGUGUCCUAUUCGUGGAACCAAGGACACAUCGUUGAGCCGAAUCAUCCCAAGUAUGGAUCGGGAAUUUGGCGAAUAUAUCGGCACCAUGUUUCGGCAGUUUUGGAAUGAAGAAACGCAAAGGCUGUGGCACCAACUAUCGCCAUCCUAUUGCUUCAAUUUCUCUGCAGAAACCCUCAUCCAUCUCGGCAACGACCUUCAUCUGUUACUCACUGAAGCCAGCCUGGCACUGAAGCCUUUGGCUAAGAUGAAAGACGGCUCGGUCCUUGCGCAGGUGUUUUGGCUUAAGAAAUCAAGUCUAAAGCCGCAGGAAUUUUUGACCAAACCGCACGACUCCGUAACCUUUGAGGAUAUCAUGAAGCGAGCAGGGCUCGAAAAUGACCAGGAAUGGAGCCCGCCGUUAACCUCCCGGGGGGAUGGCCGUAAAGUCCUCAGCGGUCAGAAGUGUAUCCUUAAGAUAAAAACGGCCAUGGGUACCAUCGUGGCCCCCAAUUUCGAGCUCUUACAGUUCUUGUGGGAUCUUACUCGAGUUGCGGCCAUUAGCGGUGCGAUCAAUGGAGCGGAUGAGCUGUUGAAUGAGCCUGAGGCGGUGGACUAUUUACUCUCGUGCGAGGGCGAGAGUGAGGUCGAGAGUGAGGUCGAGAGUGAGGUCGAGAGUGAGGGCGAGAGCGAGGGCGAGAGCGAGGUGAGGGCAAGGAGUAUGAAUAGGUAG